GAACAUGAGGAUUCUCAAGUUGCAAGCUUGGGAAGACAGGUAUCAAAUAAAGUUAGAGGAGAUGCGUGGAGUCGAGUUCAAAUGGCUUCGAAAAGCGUUGUACUCGCAAGCUUUCAUAACAUUCAUAUUCUGGAGCUCCCCCAUUUUUGUUUCAGCUGUCACUUUCGCUACAUGCAUAUUGCUGGGUGGAGAGUUGACUGCAGGUGGUGUGCUUUCUGCUUUGGCUACUUUUAGAAUCCUCCAAGAACCUCUCAGGAAUUUUCCGGACUUGGUUUCAACAAUGGCUCAGACUAAGGUUUCGAUUGAUCGAAUAUCUUCUUUCCUGCUUGAGGAAGAGUUGCAGGAAGAUGCAACUAUUGUCUUACCUCAUGGAAUCUCUAAUGUUGCAGUAGAAAUUAAGGAUGGUAUCUUCUGUUGGGACCCUUCAUCAUCUUCUAGACCAACUCUAUCAGGGAUUCAUAUGAAGGCCGAAAAAGGAAUGCGUGUGGCUGUUUGUGGUAUGGUUGGUUCCGGGAAAUCAAGUUUUCUUUCUUGCAUCCUUGGAGAGAUUCCUAAGCGUUCCGGCGAAGUAAGGGUGUGCGGCUUGUCUGCAUAUGUCUCGCAAUCAGCAUGGAUACAGUCUGGAAACAUAGAGGAAAAUAUUCUGUUUGGAAGCCCAAUGGACAAAGCAAAGUACAAGAAUGUUCUUCAUGCUUGUUCUCUUAAGAAGGACUUGGAGCUUUUCUCACAUGGUGAUCAAACAAUUAUUGGUGAUAGAGGCAUAAACCUGAGUGGUGGCCAGAAGCAGCGUGUUCAGCUCGCACGAGCACUCUACCAAGAUGCUGAUAUUUAUCUUCUUGAUGAUCCCUUUAGUGCAGUUGAUGCUCACACCGGAUCAGAAUUGUUUAGGGAGUAUAUAUUGACAGCACUAGCAAAUAAAACAGUAAUCUAUGUGACACAUCAAGUUGAAUUUCUUCCUGCUGCUGAUUUGAUACUGGUUCUCAAAGAAGGCUGCAUCAUACAAGCUGGAAAAUAUGAUGAUCUCUUACAAGCAGGAACAGAUUUUAAUGCUCUAGUUUCUGCUCACCAUGAAGCCAUAGAGGCUAUGGAAAUUCCUAGUUUCUCAUCUGAAGAUUCCGAAGAACAUUUAUCCUUAAAUGCAUUGGUUAUAUCCAGUAAGAAGUCUAUUUGUUCCACAAAUGAUAUUGACAAUUUGGCAAAGGAACUGCAAGAGGGAUCAUCGAAUUCAGAUCAAAAAGCGAUUAAGGAGAAGAAGAAAACAAAACGCUCAAGGAAAAAGCAACUAGUUCAAGAAGAGGAGAGGGUCAGAGGUAGAAUCAGCAUGAAGGUUUAUUUGUCAUACAUGGCAGCAGCAUAUAAAGGGUUAUUGAUUCCUCUCAUAAUCAUGGCGCAAACGUUAUUUCAGUUUCUACAGAUUGCUAGUAAUUGGUGGAUGGCUUGGGCUAACCCACAAACUGAAGGAGACCUGCCGAAAGUAUCUCCCACAGAGCUUCUUGUCGUUUACAUGGCCCUCGCUUUCGGCAGCUCCUGCUUUAUAUUUGUAAGGGCUAUUCUGGUGGCUACAUUUGGCCUUGCAGCAGCUCAGAAGCUGUUCUUGAAGAUGCUUAGAAGUGUUUUCCAUGCACCAAUGUCUUUCUUCGACUCUACACCUGCCGGACGGAUCUUGAAUCGUGUAUCAGUUGAUCAAAGUGUUGUGGAUCUUGACAUUCCUUUCAGACUCGGUGGCUUCGCUUCGACAACAAUACAACUUAUUGGUAUUGUUGGUGUGAUGACAGAAGUCACAUGGCAAGUUUUGCUCCUAGUUAUCCCAAUGGGUGUUGCUUGUUUGUGGAUGCAGAAAUACUAUAUGGCUUCCUCGAGGGAACUAGUCCGAAUUGUAAGCAUCCAGAAGUCUCCAAUUAUAAAUCUUUUUGCUGAAUCAAUUGCUGGAGCAUCUACAAUAAGAGGAUUUGGACAAGAAAAGAGGUUUAUGAAGCGAAAUCUCUAUCUUCUAGAUUGCUUUGCUCGGCCAUUCUUCUGCAGUCUUGCUGCUAUCGAAUGGCUCUGCUUGCGGAUGGAGUUACUGUCAACUUUUGUAUUUGCUUUCUGCAUGGUAUUACUUGUAAGCUUCCCCCAUGGAAGCAUUGAUCCCAGCAUGGCUGGACUUGCUGUGACUUAUGGACUCAAUUUGAAUGCACGUUUAUCGAGAUGGAUACUUAGCUUCUGCAAACUCGAAAAUAAAAUCAUUUCUAUUGAAAGAAUUUACCAAUACAGUCAAAUUCCAAGUGAAGCACCAGCAAUCAUUGAAGAUUUUCGCCCUCCACCCUCAUGGCCCGAAAAUGGAACAAUUGAAAUAAUUGAUCUGAAGGUGCGGUACAAGGAGAAUCUUCCUGUGGUACUUCAUGGAGUGUCAUGCACAUUUCCAGGCGGAAAAAAGAUCGGAAUAGUUGGACGUACCGGUAGUGGCAAAUCAACUUUAAUUCAGGCAUUGUUUCGGUUGAUUGAACCAUCUGAUGGGAGGAUACUUAUAGACAACAUUGAUAUUUUACAUAUUGGUCUUCAUGAUCUUAGGAGUCAUCUAAGUAUCAUACCACAAGAUCCAACCUUAUUUGAAGGGACCAUCCGUGGCAAUCUUGAUCCUCUUGAGGAGCACUCUGAUCAACACAUCUGGGAGGCAUUGGACAAGUCUCAACUUGGAGAUGUUAUCCGUGAAAAGGACCAAAAGCUUGACACACCAGUGCUGGAAAAUGGAGACAAUUGGAGCGUAGGACAGCGGCAACUUGUUUCCCUAGGCCGAGCUCUUCUGAAGCAAUCAAAAAUACUUGUACUCGAUGAAGCAACAGCAUCAGUUGAUACUGCCACUGAUAAUCUUAUCCAGAAGAUUAUCCGUGAUGAGUUUAAAGAUUGUACUGUCUGCACCAUUGCGCAUCGCAUUCCAACCGUUAUAGACAGUGAUCUUGUUCUAGUACUUAGUGAUGGUGUGUCACUGCAUUGCCAUACACAUUAUAUUAUUUGUUUUGUGCUUGCUAAUAAAGUUAUGUUUGUUUGUUUUAUUCUUCACACAGGUAGAGUUGCAGAAUUCGACACUCCAUCGCGACUAUUAGAGGAUAAAACCUCCAUGUUUUUGAAGUUGGUGGCGGAGUAUUCGUCAAGGUCAAGUGGCAUCCCAGCAGGAUAGAAAUCUCCAAAGGACGUCAAGCAAGGUUAUUGACUAAAGCUCAAUAUAGUUCAAGACAGUUCAAGAAUUGAUCAAGAAGAUAAGGUCCAAAGUUUGAUGUGAAAUUCAACACAUAAUAUAAGUCAUGUGAAUUUUUUACACGAGAUGAUCGAUUGUCAUGUUUGUCUUGUUGCCGCUACAUUCGUGGCAUGCAUGGACAUUGGAAAAAUGAAGAUAGGCGCUUCCCUACUUAUCAAUCAAUGGCACCUGUGGAAGGAAAAUUAGUUUUUAUAGUUUGAAGCUAACCAGCAGUUGAUACUUCCACUUUGAACCAAACUUGAGGAAUUAUGCUUGGUUUGCUUGCUUUUGUGCAAGUUGUAACAGAAUAAGAUGAUUGUCUGUGUUAAACCCAAAAAACAAAAUUAGGUUUAGAAUGAAGCAGGGGGGCAUUUUGAUUAGUGUUAGGAAAGGGUAGAGUUAAAAGGUUAAAGCUAGAUAAUUGUACACACGGAUUGCCCUGAGAAAAAGAAAAAAGAUAUUGGUCAUCCUUAGUCUUCUUAGUUAACUAGUUUUCUUAAUAUCAUCAUUUGUAAAUGGAAAUUGCUAUCCUUAGUCUUGUUCAAGUGUUAUCCUUCAGGUACUUACUCGAAAGAAAUCAAAAUUCAAAUCAA